AUGGCAUCCAAAAAGGACAUGCGCAGGGCGGAUCUCGUCAUUCCCUAUGUUGAUCCGCCCAGGGAUAAGAAUGAGGCCGAUGUGUCAGGUGCUAUGACGUCCACCUUGCCCAUGGCAGCGGUAAGUGACCACCUAGCCACUGAGGGGUCAAGAGCAUGUCUGGGUGCUGACUGGAUGCCAGAUGUUCACCAGGAACCGCAUGAUCGGCUGGUAGGUCGCAAGAGACGUGUUUACCUCCAGGUGGAAGACAGAAUGGUUGUGCUUACACCAUUGUCGAUAGGGUUUCUUUUAUCUUUGCUCUCCAGAACUGGCUUGCGGAGACGCCAGAGCAGAAGAGGACAGCAAGCACGCCUGGGUAUAUGUCUGUGUUCAUGUCCUCAAUUUGAACUCCCUAGUGAUGGCCGUGGCGGUUACCUACAUGCCUCUCUUCCUCCCUCCACCGCCAGUUCGAGGAACAAACAGCACAACUGUUCCGUCGCCGUCCCCGUCACCAUGAGAAUUGAUUCCUCUGGCAUGGUGAUAGGAGGAAACAAAUGA